AUGCCUGGAACGACACAAACCGCCUCCAAGCCUGGAGAGCGGGAUGAGAUCAGCAAAGUCAAGGCAGAUGAGACCACAGAGGAGGAGGAGGAAAAGCCCAAGGUGCCCGCCGUGCCCAGUGGUAGUAUCAAUGAGGCAAAGGCACUGUAUUCACAGAAGGACAAGGACGGGAAGUACCAGUGGGUGACUGAAGAGCCGGUGGAUGUUCUUGAGGCUGCCGAGAAUGAGGAGACUGCCAGGUUUGCGUUCCUGGUGCGCAAGCAGAAAAGUUACGACAGCCGCAAGAAAUACGACAUCCAUUCAAUCAUUGUCCAAAGUCCGUGGCUGAAGAAGUGUUUGGGGAUCAUCCUCGAUGACUAUCCAGGCAUCACGACAAAUCUGGACCGGCUUGUCUUUCGCGCGCCGUUUCAUCCGUUUGUGCAUCGCUGGGACAGGCUCGUCUCGCUGCUUGAGAAAGAUGACUUUGAGGAGGAGAUUGCCAGGGACCAUCUGAAACUCUUUCGUGAUGUCCUCUUUGAAGAGCUCAAGAACGCAAUUGCUGCCAAAAUCGACCUUGUCAAGAACGGUGUCAUCACCUUUGAAUACCUCUGGACAAUCUUUGAGCCUCAAACCCUGGUUUAUAGCGUGUCCGACGGCAAGGAGUGUGUCUUCAAGCUUAACUCCUCGACAAGGGCAACCGAUCAACGGCGCGGACUCGACUUCUUGCAAUUGGACGUCUGGGCUGUCGACUGGGACGGGACCAAGUUCGGACAGCAUCAUACUAACCUCCAAAAUUACGAGUUCGCCGGUACAACGCCGAUCACCUCUCUGCAAGCGUACCCAUUGGAGUUUCACCCCGAGAGAGCGCAACUGCUGCAUCGACUUGUGGUCCGCGGAAAGCUCUUUGAACGGCUGGCGGGAUACCAUUACAAAGCAUAUCGAGGUGUUGCUCUUGGCUACGGUCGAUGUGGGAUGAUCAGACACAAUGUCGAAUCACGGAUUAUCAUUGACUGCGACGCGCACAAUCGAUUCUUGCCCAACAAUGCGGUGUACUUCAACUCGCUUAACAAGCCACAGAAACAGAUAAACGGACUUGAGCUCCCAUCUGACGAGUCAGAAGAACAGUUCGAUUUCGACGGCUUCUUGGACAACGAGUCCGACUUCCUCAUCACUCCGGACUCCGACGACGACGCAUGCAAACCCAAGCAUCGGCCCCUGACCACGGAAGAAUUACUCCUUGCUGUGCCAUACGUUCGAGGCUAUGCCCUGAAAACCAAGAAAUGGCUCUGGUUCUAUGUCGAUCAGGUCGAAGAGAUCAAAUUUGCCGAAAAUGCCUUUGCGUCUCUGGUGCUCCCCAAAGAACAAAAGUCGCUGAUCCGCGCAUUCGUCGAAUCGCAAGUCAAGUACAAGGACGACUUCGACGACGUUAUUGCUGGCAAAGGCCGUGGGAUGAUCAUGCUACUCGCGGGUCCUCCUGGAGUAGGAAAGACUUUGACGAGCGAGAGCGUUGCCGAAGACAUGCGAGUGCCUCUCUACAUGAUGUCCGCCGGAGAUCUGGGCCUGGACCCUUCGGGUAUUGAGGAGUCGCUCAAUCUGGUGCUUGACAUGGUCAGCAAGUGGAAUGCAGUGUUGCUGCUCGACGAAGCCGACGUCUUUCUCGAGGCAAGAAGCUCCAAUGACCUGGAACGGAACAAGAUGGUGUCGAUCUUCCUUCGUGUGCUGGAAUACUACGAAGGCGUCUUGUUCUUGACCACCAAUAGGAUCAAGAAUAUCGACGAGGCAUUCCACAGCCGUAUCCAUGUGACGGUCAACUACCCCAACCUGUCGGUCGAGUCUCGCCGCCACAUUUGGCAGACCUUUUUGGGCCACGAUCAUCCGAUGGGCGGGAAAGAGCUUGAUCGUCUCGCGCGGGUGGACCUGAACGGGCGACAAAUCAAGAAUGUUCUGAAGACGGCCCAGAUGUUGGCACGAAGCGAGGAAGGAAGCAGCAGCCAGGAACAGGCCAAGGAUGCGCAACGUGGUGCCAAGGUGGAGAUGCGCCACAUCGAGACGAUCUUGGCCAUUGAACAGCGAGGCACGUCAUGGCAGCAGGCGUAG